AUGGUAUUUAUUCGUGAUCUUAAACGUGAAUUUUUUGAUUAUAUCAUCAAACAACAGCGUCGUAUAGUAAUAUUCGUUCAUUUAGAUGUUGAUAGUCUAUGUGCCUGGAAAAUAUUUCAGCAUUUAUUGCAAUGUGAACAUUUAACAUACACAUGUAUCCCUGUACUAUAUAAAUAUGAUUUAGAAAAUGGUUAUAUGCAACAUACAUCAUCAACAAAUAAAGAUGUUAAAUGUAUUGUUUUAAUUAAUUGCGGCGCCACACUAGAUUUGUACGAUUUUUUAUCAUUGACAAAUGAUGCUGUUUUGUUCGUAUUGGAUAGUUUAAGGAAUUUUGAUCAUCGAAACGUUUAUGAUGCAAAACAAAUACGUUUAAUUGUAUUACCAACAAAAAUUGAAAAUGAAAAAAAACGUGUUCCAGAUUAUGAAAGUUUAUUUCAUGAAAAAUAUGACGAUGAAGAAGAAAAUCAAGAGAACAAUUCCGACGCAGAGAACGAUGAUGAUAACAGGGAAUCAUUUUUGGAUGACGUUGAUCAAUUUUCGGAAGUAAAUCAAAAACGAUUAAAACGUCAAUGGUUAAAAAAACGAGACGAACUACUAUUUGAUUAUUAUCGUUAUCAUUCACACUCAUAUUCGUCAGCAUUAAUUAUGUUUGAUCUGGCAUGGGUUUUAUCCAAAGAUACAAAUGAUUUACUUUGGUAUGCCAUUAUUGGUGUUACCGAACAAUUGUUACAUAGUAGAAUUGAUCGUGAUUUUUAUAUGGAACAGAUAAAUCUAUUACAUACUCAUGUAUUACGUUUAAAUCAUCAAUUAUAUCAUAAUAGCACUAGUAACAGCAGUAGUAACGAUGAUCCAACAAAUACAAUGAAAUUAUCGAUGGAUUGUUUUAAUAUAAAAUUUGAUGAAGAUGUUAAUUUUCAUUUACUUCGUCAUUGGACAUUAUAUGAGAGUAUAAAACAUUCACAGGAUAUGUUAUUACUAUUUAAAUUAUGGUCAUCAAAAGGUCAACAACGAUUGAAAGAAUUUCUAGCCGAUUUAGGUAUUCCAAAACGUGAAUAUGAACAAUAUUAUCGUGAUAUGGAUGUCAGUUAUAAAACCGAUUUAAAAAAACAAAUAUUAGAAAAACGUAUUCAAGAAAAAUAUAAAUAUACAACGUCAACAAUCAUGUUACCAACGUUUAUUGCAUCGAGUGGUUUCUCGAUGAAAUUGUGUCCACAAGAUAUUGUAUAUUCAACAAUGGCUACGUUACAAACAGCAAAUACUACCUCAUCUAGUUCAUCAACAAUGGUGGAUCUAACUGAACGAUUUUCAUUGGCAUUGCAUUCUUUGAAUCAUCAAAAUACGACAAUAUAUUUAAACGGAAUUGAAUUAGAAAAAUCAUAUUUAACUAAAACACAAUAUUUGAUGGAUACACUAUUACAAUCGGAUAAAUAUUUGUUAUACGAUAAUACGGUACCAUUCAUUCAAUUAAAAUUUGAUCAAAAUAUGUUUAAUUCAUCAGCCAAUACUUCUACUGACUCGGCAUCAUCGUCAUGUUAUUUUUUUACUCAUCCAUACCAAACAUAUGUAUUUGCACGAAAAGUCUUGCAGACAUUUGUCUGUUAUAAAUCAAUUAAUUCUAAAACAUCAACAACAUUACGUUUACCAUUGGUAUUAGUUGCUCCUUUUUCACUGACCACCGUUGGUAAUCGGACGACCGGUGAUAAUCAAGAAUUAAUUUAUAUUAUUGUUGGCAUACCACAAAUGAGUACUCACCAUAGUGUACCCGGAAAUUAUUUUGCUACUGCGUUUGAAAAUGCUGAUCAACGCUGUGGGAAUGUAGGACGUUUUGUUUUUUUUGAUCAUUCAGUAUUCUUAUUACAAGAACAACAUUAUCAAAAAUUUAUCGAUGCACUCACUCUCGUAUUGGCAAAAUAA